CGCCAGCCUCGACGCGGCGCAGGAGACUACAAGAGCAGGCGCGCACGCCGGAAUUCGAACUCGGGCGCGGAUCCCCCGCCAUGACGCACGACGUCACCUCUGCCGUCCUUCUCCCGCGCAUCGCCCGUCGCCGUCGCCGUCGCAGACUGUCCACCGUCGCUCUCUCGCACGUACAUACCUUAUCACUCUUCAACCCGCUCCUUCCUCUCCCGAUAUUCAUCCUCGGUCGUCCGCCACCGCCCGGGCCCCCGUGCCUCGCCAUUCCUGAGCUGCUCUUCGAGAUCUUCCGCGACGCGCGCCUCAGCAGGCGAGAUCUGUCGCACGCGGCGCUGGUGUGCAGGGCGUGGCACGCUGUCGCGGACGUGGUGCUCUGGGAGGACAUGCCGGGUCUCGCGCCGCUCCUGAUGCUCAUGCCUGCGGAUGCCUGGACGAUGACCUUCCGCCGUGCACUGCGCGCCUCCGACUGGGCGAAUGUCGCAACUCGAUCGUGCUCCGUUCGGCGGCUUACCCUCUUCGGCGCCCCACCAAAUUGCGUCCAGCGCGCCAUCAUCGCCUGCCCACCACCCGCGAACCUCCUUCCCAGACUGCAGACGCUCACCCUCACCCAGCUCGUGGCCCGGCCCGGGAGCGGGGACGCGUUCGCCACCGCGCUCGCCUGUGCCUUCCUCCACAUGCUCCUCAGCAGCAGCGCGGGCGGCCCCUGCUCCUCGCCCCGCCACCUGCGCCUCCGCGACUGCGCGCCCGACCUCGCCCGGCACGUCCUCGCGCACCCGCUCGCCGCCCGCCUCGAGGACGCCACGCUCGACGUGCGCCUCGCCGACCUCGCGCGCCUCCCCGCGCCGCCCACCCUCCGCCGCCUCCGCGUGCACGCGCUCGACGACGCGCGCCGCGCCCUCCCGCUCCCGCCGCGCACCCUCCGCGACAUCCUCCCCGCCCACCGCGCGCUCGCCCGCCUCGCGCACGUCGAGAUCACGGGCCCGGUGCAGCUCUUCGACGCCGACGUCGCCGCGGUGGCACGCGCGUGGCCGGCGCUGCAGACGUUCGUGCUCACCCCGCAUACGACAGGCGCGUCGUGCCUGACGCUCGGUGCGCUCGUCCCGCUCGCGCGGCACUGCCCAAAGCUCGAGUUCAUCGCGCUGCCGCUGUGCGCGCUGGACGUGCCGAGCGAGGGCGCGGGGGGACACUACUACCUCGGCGGUCGCUCGGUUGCCUCCCUCGACGCCGCCCCCCUCGUCCUGGUCCUGUGGCGCGCCCUAGGACGCUCGGACAGGAACUACGGCGCCCACGUGCCCGACUACGAUCCCGUUCUCCUCGCCAAGUUCCUCGUGUCGCUGUUCCCCGGGCUCAAGCGCGUGUCGAACGACUUGGCGGCGGAGCGGGUGGCGAAGGGACUCGCAAAGGAGAAGGUCGAGGACUACUGGGACACGCCAGUAGAACAAGGCAUCUGGGACGAGCUCGAGCGCGCUAUGCCUUUGGUGCGCUCGCGCUAGCCAAGGGCGCGCCUGCGAGGGGUCGGGAAUGGCGGAGCACGAGUCGUAGCACUUGGGUGAUGUUUCGAUGGUCGACGAGCUAAUGCCAUAUUAUCAGGCAAGUAUUCCUUUGGUCUCCCAGUCUCACUCGGUUUUGGAUGGAUAUUACGGUAGACCGGCUACCGCCCCCCUGCAGGCAGGUGGUACUAUUUAGCACAUUAGUGCCACUUAAGUAACGUAUAGCGGUAGGAUCGCCUACGUAACUUAUCAGUAGUAUAUGCGUUAAUGAAUGGACUUGGUCUCCAGAUAUUACGGAGGUGGCCUCGAAGCUAUCAACGAGGUGAACACGCUUGCUUGUAGGAGGUCGCUGCUGUAAACGCGUCCUUGUCAGUAGUCAGCACGGAUUCAGAGGCGGAGUGCGAAGAUGAGAG